AUGGCUAAGUUUUUGAAAGCUGGUAAAGUUGCUGUCGUUGUCCGUGGUCGUUACGCCGGUAAGAAGGUCGUCAUCGUCAAGCCUCACGACGAAGGUUCCAAGUCUCACCAAUACGGUCAUGCUCUAGUCGCUGGUGUUGAAAGAUACCCACUAAAGGUCACCAAGAAACACGGUGCUAAGAAGAUUGCCAAGAGAACUAAGAUCAAGCCAUUCAUCAAGGCCAUCAACUACAACCAUUUGCUACCAACCAGAUACACUCUAGACGUUGAAUCCUUCAAGUCUGUUGUCUCUACUGAAACUUUCGAACAACCAACCCAACGUGAAGAAGCUAAGAAGGUCAUCAAGAAGGCUUUUGAAGAAAGACACCAAGCUGGUAAGAACCAAUGGUUCUUCUCUCAAUUGAGAUUCUAA